AGCACUGCGGGAGUGAAAUACAAAGUGAAUGAGGUCUGUUUGUGAAUGAAGGAAAAAGCGAAAGUUAGAUUUAAUUGCAAAAGUAUAAUAACUUAGAUUAUCACCAAAUUUAAAAUAAAGGAUUUAUUCAGGUUUUAGCUAACACUAAAUUUGGAAAUGUAAAAAUUACUGUGUGUAUUUAUUUUAUACCGGUGUAGCACCGUUCGUCCCAGGAAGAAAUAUCGACUAACUCAAGGAAUGCAAAGUAAAAUAUAUAUAUAUAUAUUUUUUAUUUUAAUGUGAUAAUUUUUGUUUAAAAAAAUGUUGUUUAAUGUAGUUUUCUGAAAUACUGGUAGGCAUACUCGGUACGACGAGGUCUGUACAACAAAGAAGAAAUCGAAUUAAAAACGGAAUUAGAAGAAUAAGUGAAGGGAAUUGAGUCGAGAUAGUAAAACAAAACGUUUUUCAGAAUUGAAUUUGGCUUGAAUUAAUGAACACAACUGGAAAUAGUUGCGAAUGGUAUGCUAAUAAAAUUUAUGUUGAAGUGCGGUACGUUCUAGGACGGCUGCAGCCAGUGCAAGUCAAGCAAGAUGUGCAACAAAGCACGUCAGAUUCUGGUCGGGAAAGGAUUUCUCUGUGUUACUGGAGAUGUCAACCUAAAAGUUGAGGAAAUAACUAAAUGGCAAUGGAAGUCUGGAAAAAUAAGAGCAGUUUCUCACAAGGAUGCUUCAGACCAAGAUCUGAAAGUGUUUGUGGAAUUUGACCAUGAGAAACUGGAAAACAGAAGAUGGAUUCGAGUUUACGAGCCUCCGAUGAAGAUUUUUCUCGUGGAACACUCUCUGACUUUCGCUGCACGGAAAUGGCCUGGAAGUGCUACAGAUGUGCAAUGGCCAGCCGUGCUAUUUAGACCUUUGGUGGACAAGGCUGGAGUGGUCCUAAUUCUUGUGGAAUACCUCUUAUUUAAGGAAAGAUGCUUUGUAUCUCAAGGGACCUUGCAGUCAGUUCAGGAAUGUGACUGCAACCUGGUGUCCAGGAAACAUUUACAGGAUUUUGAUUGCUCACUAAUUUCGGUUAAGGACUUGCAAGAACUUCAGAAAGAGGUUGAAGCCUGGCAAAGGAAACAUUCCUAUGUGCAGCUGCUGUUGGAAGGAACUCUAAACUUAACUGGCUAUAAAGUAAAGGUCUACUGUAUGGAGUCUUCAAGCCAGUGGUGCUAUGCAACCGUUAAGCACCAAGAUCAAUAUACUCAGACUUUGCAGGUCCAAAACGAACAGGUAAAGCUGAUUGUGAAAUGUGGAAUAUAUUUAUUAUCCAGAAGCCUGUUACUUAAGAAAAAUAAACACAAAUAGCUCUGCCAGCAUGAUAGUGUUUUUUUGAAAGAUGGUUUAUUUUAAAUAACAGAAACUCACUGUUGUAAGGUGUUGGUGUAUAUAACAUGUGACCGAUACAAUAAGGCUUGUACGAAUGUUAAAUGUGAAAAAAUUAAAAAUAGCAAAGCAUAAAAUAUCUGUGACUUGGAGGGUUUGUGGAGGUUGUGGAUACAGAAACAUAAAACUGAUGGUUCAAAAAUAGAAAUAUAAAACAGGACACACAACAGAACCUAUCCCAAGCAACAUACUGUAUUCCUGUAAUAAAUUGAGAUAAAAUCACUGAUCCAAUUGAUUGACCAAAAGGGGCUGAAAUUGAUAGCACAGUCAAAAAUAUG